AUGUCACCCAUCAAGACUUGGUUAGACACGGUGUCAAAUACCCACGACGACCACCCUAAGAACACCAGCAUGGUGGUGAAGGAGCUCGGUGUUGGUAUCUCUCCAGUUGAAUGCAUCGUGUGCCUGUCGGAGGUGGCAUCAGGAGAAAGGUUGGCAAUGCUAGAAAGGUGCAGACAUGGGUUUCAUGUUCAGUGUGUUGAAGCAUGGUUGAAAGACCACCCAAACUGCCCUCUUUGUAGAACCCCAAUUUCUGGUUCUAAUGAAGAUCAUACCCACAAGCAUAGAGUUUACUUGAAGAAAUUGUAUUCGAUCAUGAGCUGUUAUGGCUUCCGUGCUGUCGAGAGCACGUCCGGUUGGCUAGCCAGGGUUUCCACUCCGGUCUUUCUGAGAUCAGCUUCAGUUACUUGUGAUAUAACUAGUCGAUAG